CAAGUGGUUUUCCAUUUGUUAAUUAAUAUUUAAUUUAAAAUAAUUCCAUUUAGUCAGUGUCACGCUCCCAGGUGGACGUCGGAGUCGGGACGAUGGCGUGGGAGUCCGGAUGGCAAGUCCGGUCGCGGUCGCGACGUGGGAGCCCAGCAGCAGCAGCAGCUCAUCAUCGUCGAAGCAUGAAGUCCAACAAGCCGCUGCCCAGAAAUUUCUCCGCCCCCCAGAACUUGAACGCGACGUGUCUGAUCGGGAUGCUCUGCCUGGCUAUGGCCGCCGACCUUACCGAUCCCGACAAGAAGGAGAUCGCGAUGAAGCUCGUCUCUAGCUUCGAGAAUUCUUCCCUGGACUGGCGCGCGCAGUUCAAAUACAUCGAGGACAUCGGCGACGGGCGCGGGUACACCGCCGGGAUCAUCGGAUUCACGACCAGGACGGGGGAUCUGCUGGAGGUGGUGCGUCGGUAUACCGACCUGAAACCGGACAACGUGCUGGCCAAGUACAUCGGCGCGCUUGAGAGCGUGCUCGGCAGCGACUCGCACGAGGGUCUGGAUCCCGGCUUCGUGGACGACUGGAAGGCCGCCGCCGAGGACGCGGAGCUCCAGCGCGCGCAGGAGGAGGAACGGGACGGCGUCUACUUCGAUCCCGCCGUCAAUCAGGCGAAAUCCGACGGUCUGCGCGCGCUGGGCCAGUUCAUCUACUACGACGCGAUAGUGAUGCACGGCGGCGGCGACGAUGAGAACAGCUUCGGAUCCAUUCGCGCCAAGGCGCGCCAAACGGCGUCUCCGCCGGCGGAGGGCGGGGAGGAGACCGCUUACCUCCAUGUCUUUCUCGAUGCGCGCGUAGAGGCGAUGAAAAAAGAGCAGGCGCACUCGGACACCUCGCGCGUAGACACCGCGCAGCGCGUCUUUCUCAAUAAUGGCAAUCUAGAUCUGAACCUGCCGCUGGAAUGGCAUGUGUAUGGAGAUUACUACCAAAUACCGAAUUGAUUAAAACAUAGUAGUAUUAUGGUAAAUUAUAUAUAUUAAAAAAGAGAUGAGGGAAAAAAAGAAAAAAAAAGUAACUCUGGGGAUGUCGAAGAGCUUCCAGGAGGCCGGGCGGGAGUUACCAUCAUGGUGGUUAGUUGUAGAUUACUCGUCUGAGGAGCAAGUCGAUUAAUGAAUGGAUGAAUGAAUGAAUGAAUGAAUGAAGCAAAUCAAUCAAUUAAUCGAUCAAAAUCUGUCAAUCUUUUAAUCAAUCAAUCGGUCAAUCAAUUGGUCAAUCAAUCAGUUGAACACUCAAAGACUCCAUCCAAUCAAUCAAUCAAUCGAUCAAUCAAUCAAUCAAUCAAUCAAUCGAUCGAUCAAUCAAUCAAUCAAAAAUCAAUCAAUCGAUCAAUCAAUCAAUCAAUCAAUCAAUCAAUGGUGGUUAGUUGUAGAUGACUCGUCUGAGGAGGACGUCAAUGAAUGAAUGAAUGAAUGAAUGAAGCAAAUCAAUCAGUCAAUCAAUCAAUUAAUCGAUCAGUCGAUAGAUCAAUCGGUCAAUAUGUUAAUCAAUCAAUCAAUCGGUCAAUCUAUCAAUUGAACACUCGAAGACUCCAUCAAAUCAAUCAAUCAAUCGAUUGAUGGAUCAAUCAAUCAAUCAAUCGAUCGAUCAAUCAAUCAAUCAAUCAAUCAAUCAAUCAAUCAAUCAAUCGAUUAUUCAAUCGAUUCAAUCCGUGUCGUAGUUUUGCACAAAGGGGUUGUUAACGUUAUAAUGAUCUAAUCGUCUAUAGACUGAAACUUCGAUUGAUUAGUCAGCUCCAUGUGACCAAUCAAUCAAUCAAUCAAUCAAUCAAUUAGCUCGGUUGCUCUGCACCGAUGGAUAUGAAUCUAUCGAUCACGCGGAAUGAACCGAUGGAUAUGAAACUCGAUUGAUGAGAUGGUUGGUGGACGACUCGCCUUGCGGAGAUACACUGUCAAGCAAAUGACGUUUUUGUGAUGUAUCUGACCGCCUUUCCGGCCAGAUUCAGUUCCGAAAAAACUCAAAGACGGAGGAUCGAAACUCGGUUGAUGAUGCAGUUGGUGGGCGACUCGCGGGUCAAACAAAUGAUGUUUUUGUGAUGUAUCUGACUGUCUUUCCGGCCAGAUUCAGUUCCCAAAAAAAGGAAAGACGGAGGAUCGAAACUCGGUUGAUGUCAACUUGAUGAUGCAGUUGGUGGGCGACUCGCCUCGCGGAGAUAUACGCACGUCAAGCAGAUGACGUUUCUUCUUCGAUGUAUCUUACCAGCAUUUCCGGCGAGAUUCAGUUCCAAAAACGUCUGUACAAAUGAAUUAUUUGUGUCUCG